GCUCCGGACCUCGCCGUCCGGCAGUCCUGUCCGCCUGACCUCACCGGUCACAGACCUCCCUACCCCCUACUCUGCCCCACACUGUCACAAAGAGGCAAAGUGAUCUGCACCGCCGAGAUCCCGGCAGAGGGAACCCAUCCCGGGUUCGGAAAGUCUUGCUCCGCUGCCUGAGGGACCGUCGGGUGUGCGCGCCCAUCGUGCCUAUUGUGGGCAGGCGCCACACCACUCCGCGGGGCUAUUCCUAGAAUUAGCGUGGCUCUCCUAGCCCUCGUAGGGGUCGCAGGCUGGGGAGAGCCAACUGGAGCGUUGGCUGGGGGGCGGCGCUUGCGCGUCUGCGUGGAAAAGGCCCUCUCCCUGCACCGGGAACCUGGUGUCAAGAGGUUACUCAGCUGCUGGCCAUCGGCCUCUUCAUCCCGCACAGCGUGCCCCAGGCCCCAUUCCCCCUCGCCCUCCUCUCGACUUUUAGCGUACGACGACGAGGCGAGCCGCGCUCGGAAAACUCAGGCCAAUGCGAGCUCAGGUCCGAAACCUUUCCAGAGCUCAAGAGGUGCCCCUAGAUCUCGCACCCAAGGAGGUCGCAACUGGGCGAGCGUGGGGGGACAGGCGCCUAGAGCUGGAGGGGCGCGCCAAGGUAGCCUCGGUGGGAAAUAGUUCGGACAAACGUAAACUUGCGUACCGCAGGCGCCCCGGUAGGUGCAGGGUCGGAGGUUAGGGGAGAGCUUCCUGGGGCAAGCUGUGCCCGCCCCACCCCCGACAGCCACCGUCCAGCAGCCGGAGUGAGCGCCCACCGUGUCUCAGCCCGGUGCCUGCCCUCACGGAGCUCCCCGUCUAUCUGGGGAUGCUCCUUACACGCUAAGCACGAGCUCAGAGAGUGGCUUGGGGCCGCAAGAAAAUACGGCACGGCAGUGUUGUGAUGGGGAAGGGAAGACAGACAGCCAGGCCGAGGAGGUGGCGACGCGAGAGGGUCUAGAAGAGAGACUCCCCGCAGCCUUUGCCUGCGUCCCACGCCCAGCCGGCUACGGGGCCGGAAGGGUUAAGCCGCGGGCCGGCAGGGAAGUAGUCCCGGCCGGACGCCCCGCCCCGCCGGCGGAGGGACGCAUCACGCAGGGGUGGGGAAGUCGGAUCCGUGCGCAGGGUUGCUAAGGGUGAAACUUUUCAUUGACUUUGCUCACUUCUGGCCGCGGCGCGGGAGGGUGCGGGUCGUGGGCGGAGAAAAGCUAGUGGCUCGGGCGACGCGGGGCCAGGAGGGCCAGGUCGUCCGCCGACUACAGCAGUCCGUCCUCCGCCCCGCGACGCGAGCCACCCUCUGGGCCGCCAUCCUAGUGUUGUCGCCGCCGGUCGGCCUGCCCGCGGUCGUCCGUUCCCUGCCGCCGAGUCCGACCUCCAAAAAAGCUGAAAGAAUUAUAUUAGGAGUUAUAGCCCGUAACCUCCUCCUUGCUCCCAGCCCUCAACGACGAAAAGGACACAUCGACCCCCGGCCUCGCAGCGCCGGAGAAAGCAGGGAGAGCGACCUCUGCCCCGGGCCCAGGACCACCCUGGCAGGAGAAGACACCUGGCGACCCGCAGCCCAUCCCGCCGCCGCGGAGACCCGAAACCAUCUGGAGCCCAAGUCUGCCCAUCUUACAUCUGCAACCACUUCCCUUGGCCUGUGCACGUGCCCUGCACUGAUUCUCUGCCUAGGAAAGGACCAUGCAGUUAGAGAUUAAAGUGGCCCUGAACUUCAUCAUCUCCUAUUUAUACAACAAGCUGCCCCGGCGCCGGGCAGACCUGUUUGGAGAGGAGCUCGAGCGACUUUUGAAAAAGAAAUAUGAAGGCCACUGGUACCCUGAUAAGCCACUCAAGGGCUCUGGCUUCCGCUGCGUCCACAUUGGGGAGAUGGUGGACCCUGUGGUAGAGCUGGCUGCCAAGCGGAGCGGGCUGGCAGUGGAGGAUGUGCGGGCCAACGUGCCUGAGGAACUGAGUGUCUGGAUUGACCCUUUUGAGGUGUCCUACCAGAUUGGUGAGAAGGGGGCUGUGAAAGUGCUGUACCUGGAUGACAGUGAGGGCAGUGGUGCCCCAGAGCUGGACAAGGAGAUCAAGAGCAGCUUCAACCCUGAUGCUCAGGUAUUUGUGCCCAUUGGCAGCCAGGACAGCUCUCUGUCCAAUUCCCCCUCGCCGUCCUUCGGCCAGUCACCCAGCCCCACCUUCAUCCCUCGCUCUGCCCAGCCCAUCACUUUCACCACCGCCUCUUUCGCUGCCACCAAAUUUGGCUCUACCAAGAUGAAGAAGGGUGGUGGGGCAUCUAGUGUUGGGGGCGUGGCCAGCAGUGGGGCAAGUGGCCAGCAGCCACCACAGCAACAGCCUCGCAUGGUCCGCUCGCCCACCAACAACCUGCUGAAGCACAAGAGCCUCUCUUUGUCUAUGCAUUCACUGAACUUCAUCACAGCCACCUCGGCGCCUCAGUCCCAGCUCUCACCCAAUGCCAAGGAGUUCGUGUACAAUGGUGGUGGCUCGCCCAGCCUCUUUUUUGAUGCGGCUGAUGGCCAGGGCAGUGGCACCUCAGCACCCUUUGCGGGUGGUGGGGCCAGCACCUGUAACAGCAGCAGCUUCGAUAUGGCCCAGGUAUUUGGAGGUGGCACCAACAGCCUUUUCCUGGAGAAGACACCCUUUGUGGAAGGCCUGAGCUACAACCUGAACACCAUGCAAUACCCCAGCCAGCCGUUCCAGCCUGUUGUGUUGGCCAACUGACCACUCCUCCACCCAGAGGGCCAAGAGCACCCACGACCACAGAUAAGAAAAAAGAAAGGAGAGGAAAGGCCAAAAAAAAGAGGAAAAGAAAACUGUACAAAAAUAUUUCCAAUCUUCUCACUCUCGCUUCUAGAAAAAAGAUCCAGCCCAGGCAUGGAGUGGGAGGGGGCUCCUGAAGCACCGAAUCGUGGUUAACUCAACCCCCCACCCCGACCGUUUUCCUGCCUGCUUCUGAUUUAUUUGGUUGGUUUGGGUUUUGUAUUUUUUUUUUUUUUUUACAUGUAGUUUUCUAUAUAACAUCUUUAAUUAGUGGCUUCCUGUGCUAAGAAUGGUCCAGAUGUGAAUUGCUGCUCCCUGUUCCCUCCUCCCUCCUUCACACUCCUUUAUGAUUGGUGUGUCCAAGCUCACAGGGAAGGAAGAGCUGCAGCUGGGGCCAACCCCCCCCAAGUAGGGAGAGGCUGGUCCAUUUCACUGCCUGCCCUCCAGCUAUCCUCUCACUCAAAGCCAUCCAACCUCAGCAGGACUUCUUGGGCCCUGCCACCCAAAUAGGUCUGACCCCAGCCCACACUCCCUCUCAGGCUGGGCCACAGGGAGUUUCUGGCUAGCCACUUGACACCCUCCCCCAAGAGCUAAUGUCUGUGACUACAGGGAGGUUUGCACUUUGUCUUGUUGAAAUCCUUUCAUCUCUGUGCUGUGGGCCCAUCCACCCACCGACCCCACCAGGCCUAGACGAUUAUCAUGGCUCUGGACACCCAGCAUCCUUUAUAAGCAUGGCCUCUUUCUCUAAUGCAGCCCUUCUUCCCUGGGCCUGAGGCUGCGGGCUAGGAGGUGGGAAUAAGGGGUGUGUGUGUGUGUGUGUGUGUGUGUGUGUACACCCCUGUGAGUAUAUGUGGUUUGCUGUCCUGUUCUAAAGGAUUCCAAGCCAUGUGAAACUUCCCUCUGGAUGUGAUUCUGGGUUGCAGCAAGUGCUUAUUUAUGUAUGAGGUUGGGGAUGGGCUGGGGUGGAUUGUCAGUUUUUUGUAAGGCAGUAUGGAGGGGGUGACAUUGACUGAGCCUAAGGCACUCCCAGGGGAAAGCACUGCAGAAGGAACUGGUUUCCAGACUGCAGAGGGAUCUGCACUUUUGUUUGUUUUUGACCAAAAAGAAAAAAAAAAGAAAGGGAAAAAAAAAAAGAAUUAUACACACACACACACACAUACAUACACAUAUAUAUAGGGGAAAAAAUAUAUAUACACAUACAAUAUACAUAUGUGUGUAUGUGUGUGUAUAUAUAUAUAUAUACAUAUAUAUAUAUACACACACACACACACACACACAUAAGCUCUGAAGGGUAGAAGGAAUAUCCAAGCCUCUGUUGCCUAAGAGAAGUCCCUGGACUUCAGUGACCCUGUUGUGCAACCUUACCCAGGAUGGGAGCUGCUUACCUGAGUUCCAUUGGUGGGGAGUUGGGGGUGGGGAGAUAGGACCCACAUUUAGAGUCAGUCAGUGCCUAUUGCGGGCAGUCCUGAGCCUUGCAUUAUGACUUUUUGGUCUUCUGGUUGUGUUAUUUCACUCCAUCUGUGUCCCUACCUGAUAGUUUCUCGGUACCUCUCUCUUGUCAUCCCCCUCACUGCCCUUACCCUGCCUACCCUGGACCUUGAUGCUAUGAGGCAUGGUCUCCUGGGUAGGCCAGGCUGGACAGGCAUGUGGUCCUCCCAGCCAUUGUACUUGUGAUACAGAAGGUCACUGGUUCCCCUUCCUCUGCAGAAGAAAGGGUUUUUUCCAAUCCAUGGCAUAGCUUCUGAGCCACAGUGCUUUGGUAAUGGGGCACUUGGCAUCAGGGCUCCAUCACCAGAAAGCACCAAAGUCCUGGUACCCCACCCCAUUCCAUUCUUCCCAGGACCCCAAGUGGGUACUGCUGUGGCAGUGAGUCUGGCCCAGACAGACACUGCCGGCCUCCCCUCCCUAUAAUGGGCACCAGCUCUACCUCCCCAUCAGGGCAAGGCCCUGGCUUCUCAGCCCAGCACCAUCUGUUCCUCUAGACCUCUUGGGCCAGCCCAGUCUGGGUCACCCUGUCCCUCAUCCUUAGCUCCCAUGCAGGUGACAGGCCCAGGCAGAUAGCUCCUCUCUGGGAAAGGUUGGAUGCUGCCUUAUCCCCCUUCUGGCCCCUCCUGUGCACACACACACACUGGUACCACCCGCACCCAGGCCAGCUCAUUUUUCACCACAUGCAGGGAGAGGGGGAGACCAAUCCCUUCCUGUCUCUUGAAAUACGAAGAAUAAUGUGUGUUCAGGAGCAUGUCUCCUACACUGGGCUUUUGGGCCUGGUUUGGUCUGUCUUGUCUCAAAUCUAGGCAUUUUUGCUUCAAUUUUAUUUUUUUUAAGAAAACAAACAAAAAUCUGCACUAAUUUACCUGGUUUCGUAGGAAAUUUUUUUUUAUUUUUUACAUUUUUUGGUGUCCCUUUGUAUUGAAUAAUUUGCUACAUUUGUAAAAUGUAAGAGGUAUAUAUAAUAUAUGUAUAUUUCUAACGUAAGAAACGUAAUUUUUUCUUUUCAAGGUUUUUUCUUAAAAAGAGGAGAGAAAUUGAUAUUUUUUCAGGAAAAACAAACUUUAAAAUAAAAAAAGAGGAGAAUAAACCUUUUUCUCCCCUUUCCCCAUCCUCUAUCUAUCCCUCUUUCCCAGGAACAAAUCUAAAGAUGGAUUAUCUUGUGAAGAAUGUAAACUGUCAAUCCAGAAUGUCUUUUUCUCAAUGCAGGGAGCUAUAGAUUCUCUAAUUCUCCCUAAGAGUGGGAGGGGGCAUUGAAGCAACUGUGGAGAGGAGCCAGGGGAGCAGGGUAAUGACUUUUUUUUUCUUUAGUGAAGGAGGAAUACAAUCAAGUGUUUUGUAUUCAGAAUGUUGUGCAAUAUUUUGAAAUGGGACAUUGGUGUGUUAGAGAUUUAGUUUAAAAACAAGAUUGAUCAAAUCUGUACAGUUUAUAUUGUUCCAGAUUUUUUUAAGUUUGUAUUAAAAGCAUGAUAUAUAAUA